AAAAAUUUUACUGUGGAGGUGUUGGAAGUACUGGAACAGGUUGUCCAGAGAUAGUGUGGUGCCCCAUCCCUAGGAGUGUUAAGGACCUGCUUGGACGGAGAUCUGAGCAACCUGGUGAAGUGGAAGAUGUCCCUGCCAACAGCAGGGUGGUUGGGAGUGUUCAAGCGCUUCGUGGAAAUAGGCAGAGUUGCCUUCAUCUCCUUCGGGCCACAUGCUGGCAAACUGGUGGCCAUCGUGGAUGUUAUUGACCAAAAUAGGGCACUGGUGGAUGGCCCCUGCAGUGGUGUCAGGAGGCAGGCCAUGCCCUUCAAGUGCAUGCAGCUGACUGACUUUGUCCUGAAGUUCCCACACAGUGCUCGUCAGAAGUGUGUGCGACUUGCCUGGGAGAAGGAAAAUAUAAAUGAAAAAUGGUCCGCAACAAGAUGGGCAAAGAAGAUUGAAGCCCGAGAAAAGAAAGCCAAGAUGACUGACUUUGAUCGCUACAAGGUGAUGAAAGCGAAGAGAAUGAGAAACAGAAUCAUCAAGCAUGAAAUGAAGAAGCUCCAGAGGAUGGCUUCUAAAAAAGGCAAGAAGCCAGAGAAGGAAACAAAGGGCAAAAAGCCAGAGAAGGCACCCAAGGCUAAGAAGCCAGAGAAGGCACCAGCACCGAAGACACAGAAGGCACAGAAAUAAAAUGAACUUGUCAUUAUGUAUAACUGUGUGUCCUUGUUCUGAUUUUAAAAUUACAAACAUUUGAUUUAAAUUGUCA